AUACACGUCCCACAAAUCACGUGACCCUCUUUUCCGGUCUCGAUCUUUUGUGAGGGUAGGUUGGCGAGAGACGAGUUGCGGAUAGGACUGCUCUGUGAUAAAAUCCGGCGAAAAUGGCACUUUUCCGACUGGCAACGACUCGUGUGGCUGGCACACACCUGUCUCCCGUUACCGCAGUCUUUGUCCGCAACCUUUCGGAGGUGACCGAUCUCCGCGAUGUCCUCACCAAGAAGGUCCCGCAGGAACAGGAGAAGGUCAAGAACUUCCGUAAACAGUACGGAAACACCAAGGUCGGAGAAGUUACCGUUGACAUGAUGUACGGCGGCAUGCGUGGCAUCAAAGGUCUGGUGACUGAAACCUCCGUGCUCGACCCUGAUGAGGGCAUUCGCUUCCGCGGAUACUCCAUCCCAGAGUGCCAGAAGCUGCUCCCAAAGGCUGCUGGAGGCAACGAACCUCUUCCCGAAGGCCUUUUCUGGCUGCUCGUCACUGGUGACGUUCCGAGUGAUAACCAGGUCAAAGCGUUAUCCAAGGACUGGGCGAACCGUGCCGACCUGCCCUCCCACGUUGUUACCAUGUUGAACAACUUCCCCACCAACCUGCACCCGAUGUCUCAGUUCAGCGCAGCCGUCACUGCCCUGAACUCUGAGAGCAAAUACGCCAAGGCUUACGCGGACGGCGUGCACAAGGCCAAGUACUGGGAGUACAUCUACGAGGAUUCCAUGGAUCUGAUCGCCAAGCUGCCUGUGGUGGCUGCCACCAUUUACCGCAACAUGUUCCGCGACGGCAAGGGCGUUGGCGCCAUUGACACCAACAAGGACUGGAGCCACAACUUCAGUACCAUGCUGGGCUACGACAAUCCUGAUUUCAUUGAACUCAUGCGCCUCUACCUUACCAUUCACAGCGACCACGAGGGUGGCAACGUCAGCGCGCACACUGUCCACCUUGUCGGCUCUGCACUCUCCGACCCGUACCUCUCAUUCGCCGCCGGACUCAACGGUCUGGCCGGCCCUCUGCACGGCUUGGCCAACCAGGAGGUGCUCAUUUUCCUGACUAAGGCUGCCAAGGAGCUUGGCGGUGACUUCACCGACGACAAGCUGAAGGAGUUCAUCUGGAAGACGCUCAAGUCUGGCCAGGUGGUGCCUGGGUACGGUCAUGCUGUGCUCCGCAAGACUGAUCCCCGCUACACUUGCCAGCGCGAGUUCUCGCAGAAGCAUCUGCCCGAUGACAAGAUGUUCAAGCUGGUGUCGCAGCUGUAUAAGCUCGUGCCGCCCAUCCUCAUGGAGACUGGCAAGGUCAAGAACCCCUGGCCCAAUGUGGACGCUCACUCUGGUGUCAUCCUCCAGUAUUACGGCAUGAAGGAGAUGAACUACUACACCGUAUUGUUCGGCGUGUCCAGAGCUCUCGGCACGUUGGCCUCACUGAUCUGGGACCGCGCACUUGGCCUGCCCAUUGAGCGCCCCAAGUCCAUGUCGACAGAAGGUCUGCAGAAGUUGGUCGGUGCCACCAAGUAAGCGGCAAGCGACCUCUCGAGCAAAGAAAACCAGUGAUCAGAGUUUAAACAAACACCUUCGUACUUAUGCAAACUGUUAGUCGAGAAGCUUAGUUCGUUAAAUGUAUAUAUCUGAGAUGAUGCCAGGUAGCUAGCGAAUUGCAUCGUACCUUAGAGUGGCCCUGAGCAAGCGCAAUUUUGGCUGCACAGCCUUGUUCGUAGACAAUAACAACCUCAGUUUGAAUGCAAUCCAAAUUCUCAUCGCGAGUGGAUUGGUGAUAUCGAAAUCGGUUCCAAAUUCCUCGUUAUUUAUUGAAUUGUUGAUAUUUAUUUGUUAUGUGCGUCUUUGAUGUAAUAUAAUAAUAAUUAUGAUGUUCGUGGACUGAGAGAGAACACCCCCCCCCCCAUCUGUCUGCUCUGUACCUCUGAGAAAAGAAAAUCGUUUUAUUUUUUUGCUCACACGCUGCACUUGCCAAUGUUAUUGUUGUCGCAGGAUUUUAGUACAAAUGACUGUAAAUAACGCAAUAACUUUUUCCUUCUCACCUUCUGUAUUUAUUGUUCGCGCUGAAUGUCGACGAGUAAGCGAAAACGACGAUCACCAUCAGAAAUAAAGCCAGGCGAAUUUGCAAGAAAAA